ACGAUGUAAACACGGAUAAACAACAUCCGGCUAGUCAUCUCGGUUAGCUUUUGUCCGUUUUUUUGCCGUUAACGCGCGCUGACUUUAGCUUUAUCUCAUUUUAUUUUCAUAUUUUUCAUCCGCAGUUUUAUCUUUUGUUGACGGAGCCGUUAGCUGUCGAAGCUAACGCGAGCUAGCUGCCAGCGUUCACCAACAUGGACGAUAACAAGAUGGUGGCUGGUAAAGUCAAGAAACCCGGCAAACGCGGACGCAAACCUGCAAAGAUCGACCUGAAGGCGAAACUGGAGCGAAGCCGGCAGAGCGCCAGAGAGUGCCGAGCCAGGAAGAAGCUGAGGUACCAGUACCUGGAGGAACUGGUUUCCAGUAAGGAGAGAGCGAUCUGUGCCCUGCGGGAGGAGCUGGAGAUGUAUAAGCAGUGGUGCUCGGCCAUGGAUCAGGGGAAGAUCCCCUCCGAAAUCAAAGCUCUGCUGACCGGAGACGAACAGAAAAUGCCCCAAAGUGGCAGCAGCACCAAGACGUCCAAGAACAGCAAGAACAACAUCAGCAGCAACGGACAGGGUUAAACGUGUCCACCUGAGGACGAACGUGUCCCCCUGAGGACAGAGAGACUGACGAUAUGAGGGAGACAAACUGCUGCUGUCAAUCAUCUAAAAAACCACAAACCUGCAGUCUCACGGGAACCCGCACGAACUUACAGACUCACAAUCUUUCUGCUUUCAGCUUUUCUGAUAAUCUGUGUCACAGAUGAAGCUGCAGUUAGAAAUAAUCCCGAAAAAGCUUCAAAAUUAACACAUUUCUUCAGCAGCAGAGUGUCUGAAACUGUUUCUGUAAACUCACAAGCUGAUCUUACUUUUCUCAGUCGAGGAAACCGAUGUCUUUGAUAAAGGUAAGAAAAUAUAAAUCUUAUUUUUAUGUUUAUUUCACAUCUAAUUGCUAAUUUUACCCUAAUUUUAGUUGGAUUUACUUAAUUUUGUGAUUUUUUUGCAACUUAAAAAUGAUUAAAUAUAAAUGAACUUGUUCUAAAUAAGUGAUAGCAACUCAAGUUUUUAAGUAAACAAAGUUAGUCUUAACUUAACCCUUUAACACCUGGAUCUUGUGCUGCAAGAAAAAACUCGGAGGGGAAAAAUAAUGAGCAAUUUGGCAAGACAUGUCCCGCAAACUGCAAAAAAACUGCAAAAAAAAAAAAAGGUUACA